AUGGUAAUCAACUAUACCCUCAGCUCCUCACCGCCGCCGGUGGGCAGCUCGGCAAUGGGCACGUCACCGAUCAGAGGCAUUCGUCGCGGUAACGACGACGACGAGCUCGCCGACGAGACGAUCCCCGAAUCCCCCUACCAGACACAAGCGACGCAAAUUGUCAAUCGAACGUCACUCGCGUCCCAAGCCAAGACGCAACCCGAUCAUUCCUCCUCCCCCUCUUCGCGUUCAGUCAUUGAGGUUCCCGCAUCCUCGCCGUUCCAGAACAAAUCCAGCUACUUCUCACGCCUCGUGCCCCCCGGCUCACGAUUUCAGCCGCCCCCCAAGUCACAAGCGCCUUCCAACCCGCGGAAGAGGCCCUCGGCGGAGCCUGUGCUCAUACAAGGCUCGUCAGAUGACGAAGAUGACCGAACGUCCCGUGGCAAUAUCAGCCAGACAUCUUUCAAGAAGCAUGUCGCCAACUUUGAGUACGUUUCGGUGGAUAAGCUGCAAAAGAAGAUUGAAGAGGUUUCUGAGGCGCUCAACGGCACGAUACCGGUUCAAUACUAUAAGGAAGCUUUGACCGCAUGCCACAAUAAUGUUGAGGACGCAAUCAACUACUUGUUGGAUGGUCGGCAUCUGAAGCCCAAAGUCAACAGCUUCGUGAGCUCUACCAAGCCAAGCAUAACCGUUGGCGACGAAAGAACAAAGAACAUGGACCGCAAGUCAGGCAGACCCGGCUCACCCAGCAAGCCAAAACUACUCGGGCGACAUGCCCCGACUCUACCAACACCUUCUCGAAGCACCACCCCCUCACCACCAAAGCCCAAGCGCAGGCGCUUGAUGCAAGGUCGUCGCCCCGGUAGAUCUCCACCUGCGUCCCAGCAGGCUCACGAAGACGAGCCGUCCCUAGACGAGCUUGCCGCCGACAAAGUGGACGAGCCUAUCAUCAUUCCUGAUGACAAUGAAGACGAGGAUUUUGAUAACGAGGAUGAAUUGAACGAGGCGGUCAAGGACAGUCUGCAGGACAAGGCUCUCCAAGCCAUCAACACCAGCUCGAUCGCGGAUCUGUCAGCCAUGACGAAUAUCAAGAUGGACGAGCUGAAGAUUAUUGAGACGAAGAGGCCUUUCGAUACCAUUAGCGAGGUACAAGCCGUUUCGGUGGCCAAGAAGGCAAACGCUCGCAGCAGGAGGCCUAAGGUUCCAAUUGGAGAGACCUUGGUCGAUGCAAUCAUGGAAUUCACUCGCAGCGUCAAUGCCAUUGACGAAGUGGUAGCCGAAUGCGAGAAGAAGGCGAACAAGGUCAAGCAGGAGAUCAGCCGAUGGGACCUCGAUGUGAAGGGUCAGAAACGGAGCACACAGAGCUCCUCCACUAACAGCGAUCUCCCCCUGACACCGACAAGCUUCCACACUCAAAAGCUUUCGGAGCCGCCAAUCUCCUGCCAGCCGAAGUUCAUGGAUGGGCACUGCACUAUGCGUCCCUUUCAGCUGUUCGGUCUCAACUGGAUGUCCCUCCUGUACAACAGUGGCUACGGAUGCAUUCUAGCCGAUGAGAUGGGGCUAGGCAAAACUUGCCAGGUCAUUUCUCUCAUCUGUCAUCUUGUCGAAAACUACGAGAAAACCGGAAAGGGUGAGAGGCCGUGGCCCAAUCUUGUGGUUGUACCACCGUCGACGUUCUCAAACUGGAUGGGAGAGUUCCAGCGCUUUGCUCCCGACCUCUCGAUUCUUGCAUAUCAAGGUCCUCAAGCCGAACGUAGAGAGAUAGCAUACGAGAUGCUCGAGAACCCGGCGGACUACCACGUCGUCUUGACGACCUAUACCCAAGUCGGCUCCGAGGAGGACCUGGAGGCUCUCCGAGAGUUGCAGCCAGCCGCAGCCAUCUUUGACGAGGGGCACAAGAUGAAGAACCCCAAGACCAAGAUUUACAAGGACUUGAUCAGGAUCAAGGCCGGUUGGAGAAUGCUUCUCACCGGAACACCUGUUCAGAACAACUUGAUGGAAAUGCUGGCGUUGUUGAACUUCAUUGACCCACUCCAGUUCAACGGUCGGAUGGACCAGCUCCAGUACAUGUUCAGCCAAAAGGUCACCAUUCGCGAUGUCAACAAUGGUGCUUUCCUCUACGGCGAGCGUGUCAGCCGAGCCAGAACGAUUCUGGAACCGUUCAUCCUGCAGCGUCGCAAGCAGCAGGUGCUCUCUGACAUGCCGGCCAAGAUUUGCAAUGUCGCAUACUGCGAUCUGGCACCAGGAGUACAGAAGGAACUGUACGAGGACUACGAGCGACUUUUCAAGGCUGGCCCGGUCAAGAAGACGACAACCGGGCGUCAGAGCGACCAAAACAACAGCUGGAUGCAGCUUCGGAAGGCGGCCCUUCACCCGCAACUAUUCCGUCGUUACUUUGACAACAAGAAGGUUGAGAAGAUGGCGAAUAUUUUGAUGCGAGAGGUUCCGCAAUCCGAGCUGCAACAACCGCGGAUUGACCAUCUUAUUGGGGAGCUGCAAAAUUCUUCCGAUUUCGAGCUGCAUCUCUGGUGCCGUGAUUACGCUUGUAUCAGGCAUCUUGACGUCCCUGAGGGUUCUUGGAUGGACAGUGGCAAGGUCGUCAAGCUACUAGAGCUCAUCCACCAGUAUCGCGACAACGGCGACCGCGUCCUCGUCUUCAGCAAAUUUGCAAAGGUCAUUGAGAUCCUACGGGAGGUCCUUCACACCGAUAACAUCAGGCACUGCGUCUUAUAUGGCCAGACCAACGUCGCCGAGCGCCAGGAUCUGAUUGACGAGUUCAACAACGAUACAGAUAUCACAGCCUUUUUGCUCACGACGGGCGCUGGUGGCACUGGCAUCAACUUGACCUCUGCCAAUAAGAUCAUCAUCUUUGAUCAAUCCGACAACCCGCAGGACGACAUUCAGGCCGAGAACCGAGCUCACCGCCUCGGCCAGACGCGGGAUGUGGAGGUGAUUCGCUUGCUGACAUCGCAUACCAUUGAGGAGCUCAUCUAUAAAGCCUGCCAGAAGAAGAUUGAGCUCGCCGAGAAGGUCACUGGUGCGGUGGAGGAUUUGGACGACAAGAAUGCCGAGGAGAACUUGGAGAAGGAGGUUCGAAAGAUGAUGGCGGAUCAGUUGACUCCUUCAUGA